AUGUUUUUGAUAUUUGUUGUGUUCACCAGUAUAUUUUCUGUUUCCCUUGUUUUCAACUUAUACCUAUUUUGUGUUAUCUAUGCACAACCGGAUAAAAACAAACUGCCAACUGUCUACAUUUAUAACAUGAUUAUCAGUAGUUCAGUGGACAUUAUCGUCAUGUUCAUCACAUUUAUAUUACCUGUCACCAUGACUGAUGAGGAUUAUGCUGCGUUUCGAAACUCGAUACUCAGCCCGAUUUUGACAAUCAAUUGCACAUUUUUCUACGAACACCCAUUGUACUUGACAUUUCUAAUGAGCAUUCAAAGGAUUUAUGCCGUAUUUCAACCAUUCAAUCAACAUUUCACGAAUGGAAAACUCUGGGGUUACUGUGCAAUUGUGGCGAUUUUCUCAUGGAUCCUAUUGCUGAUCCCAUUUUUCUCUCACUGCCCCGUGAAUAUAAACCAACGAGUUUUUAGCUUUGCAGUCGCAUGCCAAGAAAGACACCCUAUUACGUCACUCCAAAACAAGUACUUGAUUAUUUUGCCGUUUACAACUAUGCUGUUGAACGUUUCUCUGAUUUUUUAUCUGGCACUGCAGAAAAGUUUAGUUCUGAGAAACGCAGGCGGCGGAAGUACAGUGACAUCCAAUGUGCCUUUAAACCCACCUCGUCCAAUAUUUCACCGAUCUCGACAGAGACAAAGUUUUGAGAGGAUGCUUCUUUUCCAGUCAAUAUCUACAACUUCAGUUCUUCUCUUAUACGAAGUUAGCAACUUGUUCAUCCGAAUUUUCAAUGCGGAGUACAUGAGUCUCUCCGAAGACAUCAGAAGGUGGAUGUUUUAUAUUCGAGUGACGCCUACUGCAUUGUUUUGUUUUUUUAUAUAUUUUGUCGGCACUGCUUCGAUUCGGCGACUUUUGAUUGAGAGAACCAAGUUGUUGUAUAAAGGAAGCUAUGAUUCAACUACAAUAAUUGUUAUGUAG